AUGUGUUAUCUAUAUGCAGAAUGUGAGUACAAUGCAGCUGGGGCUCGUAGACUGUACGCCGAGCGUUAUCCAGGCAGGAGACUCCCUGCUGUAUCAACGAUUGCAGGUGCUGCAAGAAGAUUUGAUGAAACCGGGAAUGCACUUCCCAAUCAUCGAGAAGCUGGACCACAAAUGGUAGCUCGAAAUCCUGCUACCGAAUUGAGAGUGCUUCGAUUCUUCAGAAACAUCAAAUCCUUCCUGGAACGCACAGAAGUCAACAAGAGAGGAAUAGUCAUUACCUCUGAUGAUUCAGUGAAGAAUUCCCCGACGCAUUCUGAGAGGCCAGAGGUAGAGUUUCCAGUGGGUAUUGAGGACAACCUUCGUAUGGAACAGAAUUCACCACCUCAAUGUCCAACACCUGCUGAAAACAGUCAAGAAUCCCAUUCAGUAGAGUCAUCAUCGGAAAUUCAAACAGAAUCACAUCAAUCACAGUCUCCAACGUCACUGAAGGUCGUAGCUGCUUCUUCAUCCACGAAUACAUCACAUGAGAUGGAUUACCCACUUACCGGCACUGCUGGAGAAGUGGAGUCCUCACAAAUUUCAGCAUCAACAGUUACCUGCGCUGACGUUCAGCAGGAAGCUGACAGGUCUGAAACGACCACAGAGUCUAUUCCUGGCACAACUUCUUCAGGAAUGAAACGAAAAAUCAUUCAUGAACCCAUUUUGCCUUCUUGUGACGCCUUCUCGAGCAUCUUAAGAGAGAUAACUUCGCCGAGUUCCUCUGGUUCACAAAAUUCUCCAAUCCCAAAGAAGAUUGAGCGCCGCAGCUUGCCUCCACCGAAAAUGCUCGUGAUGGAUCUCUCACCUUCAACAUUUUCGUGUGAGAACACUCCUGCCAAAGAUUCUCACUCUCGUGGGGAUGUUUUAGAAGAACAUAUUCCAAUACAGCAGCCAACACCAACAAAAUUACUUCAUACCUGUCAGGUAUCUUCACCAGGUUCUUCAAACGAGACUGCUGUCGACCUUGAACCCCGAAUAAAUGGAGUAGAUGACGAUCAAACCACGAGUGAGGGAUUUAGCGCCAGAAAAACACCAGUUCAAAUCGAAUCUGACGAACACAGUAUCAUCGAUCUUGGAGACAGUGAUGUGGACGAUGGUCCGAUGACUACAGCUGAUGAUCACAAGAGGCUAUCAGUGAAAACGGAAUCUCGAGCGAACGAUACAAUCGAUAUUUUCGAUGGUGAUACUGAUGAUGGUCUGUCAAUUAUAGAAGAGUAUCCAGCACCAUUAAACAUUAGGAUUGAAGCUCGAGAGUCCAAUCAUGCUGAAAAUAGGACUGGGACAAAACAAUCAGCCGUCAAAACUGCACCUGAAACACACGUGAAACAAGAUGUGGAAAAUAUAGCGACGAAUAAUAAUGCAGAUAGAGCGUAUGGGAUGAAUCAGAUGGUUCGUGGUGGAAAUUAUGCUGUUGGAGAUGAGGACGAUGAUGAUGACGAUGACGAUGACAUCGGCGACUGGCGAAGUGGUGGAAGAAAUCGUACUGAAUUGUAUCCUCGCACCGGCGUAUUUAUUUGGGAAUCUGAAUUGGAUAGAAUCAAGGUUAAGUUUGGGGCAAAUCCUGAUAAAAUGAUCCGAGAAUUGAUCCGGAAAACGAUUGGUAGGAAGAAUAUGAUUAAUAUGACUCGGACGGGGAAAGGACCGAACCGUGUGGCACUACCUGACAAAGUGUAUAGAGCUGUUCGUAAAUUUGUAAAUCAACGGAUUCCCGACGUCCACCUAUCAACUCAUGCCUUCAAUGAGGCUCUGAAAAAAAUUUUCAAUCGAUCCAGAUCAACGGAUAAAAAUCCAAUAAUUUCCAUAUGCCAAAGUUAG